CUAGAUGGGGUAAUGGAGGAGGAGGCACAUUGAAAAGAGCACCAACGAAUAAGACUGUGAUGACUACGGCAGGAGGACAACCGGUGAUUGUGGAAGGAGCAUUGGCUGGAUUGAGUACAGAAGAAGGGGGUGAAGCUGUGGUUGAUGGUCCUGAUGAAAGAACUGGAACGAUCGCUCUAGGAGUUUCACAUAUCUUGAAGUUAUUGAGAGAGAAUCAAACUAAAGAAGAGGAAAGAAGAAGGAAUAAAGAGAUUGAGAAAGCAGCACAACCUAAACCAGUGAUUUCUAAUGAGAUGGAAGAAAGAAGAGCUAAGAUUGAAGAAUUACAGUUGAGAAGAGAAGCCGCUUUAGCUGAUGAUAAAGCAAAUCAUAUGGAAUCACUUGUGAUUGCAAUGAAACAACAAGCAGCUGAACAUGAUCGACUUUUAAAACAUAUUGUAGAACAAUUAGAUAGGAAACAAGAGUAUGAAGAAGGAGAAGAAGAACGAAAUAAAAAACAUGAAGAAGCUAUGGAAGGGGUGAAUCGGGUCUUGACGACUGUUGAAAGUGGAGUGAUGACUCAUUUAGAAGAAUUUAAAGCUCAAAUGUUUGCAGAGAUGAAACAAACUUUUGAAAAGGUUGGAGAAUUAAGAGAUCAAAAACAACAAAUCCAAUCUGAUAUUGCAGAUAUGUUAAUGUUUAUGAGUAAAGUAAGAGGAGGAGGACCAGAUCCAAGAUGGCAAUACCCAGCAUCAAUGCCAGCAGCUUCAGUGGCAGGAAGUGUAGGAGGAGGAGGAGCGGGCGAAAUGAAUGGAUAUACACCUAUCCCUAAUGUUUAUCCAAUCCCACAAAUGGAUUAUCAUCAAGAGAAUGGGAUGGAGAAUUUAGAUGGGAAGAGUGUUAGUGGGUUUGGACCUAGACCACCUGGUAGAAGAUAAAUCUGAAUGAAAUCUAAACGAAAAAAAAAGAUUGAAGGAAUUUGGGUUUUAUAGAAUCUGGUUUGGUUUGUUUAUAUAGAUCUUUUGGUUUUGGUUUUUUUUGAACAUACGUGGGUUUUUCUUUAUCUUUAUUAUUUUGAUCAUCCAUUGAUUGAAAAGGAUUUCUUUUUAUCAUUUAAUUUUUUCUUCUUUUUGGCUUUUGCUUGAUUUUUCAAUUUUGAUUCAUAAAAUGUUGAAUUGCAUGAUGAUUUAGUAGUAUAAACUCUCUGGAAAACGUUUUUUUUUCAUUUUGCUUUUUUGCUUUUGUUAAAUCUGUGUUCUUGUGUGUGUGUGUGUUUUUGUUUUCGGAUUAUAUAAUAUACAUAUAUUUAAUUUAUUUGUAGAUAUGAUUUUUUUGGGGGGAUUCUAGGAAAAUAAUUGGGUUUUUUUGUUGAAAAUGGGGAAAAUUAAACAUUUGUUUUGAUGAAUUGUAUUUUUAAAAAAAACAAUUAGAUACAGAUUUGACUACAUACUUACAUAGAUGGAUUGAGAUGAUUUUACUACGGAUUUUUGUAAAGGUUUAUUAGUUUAAAUUGAUUGAAGUCAAGAU